ACUAGACAAUUUUUUCAGCACACGCCAUAAUACUACCCUGUACCUUCGUCGGUCGGACCCAUCCCCGACGACCCGACUGGAUCUCUGAGAGAGAGAGAGUAUCAAAGAUGGGCUACACCGUCGCCGGAGCCACCGCCGACGGCGUAGAUUCCGAAUCCUCAUCUCUCCUUCUCGCCACCACCUCCACCAUUACCCAAAACACCAAAAUCCCCAAAGACUCCUUCAAUCUAACCUACCUAAUCUACUUCACCCUGGGCGCGGGCUACCUACUCCCAUGGAACGCCUUCAUCACCGCCGUCGACUACUUCUCCUACCUCUACCCCGCUGCCUCCGUCGACCGCGUCUUCGCCUCCGUCUACAUGCUGGUCGGCCUCUUCUCCCUCCUCCUCAUCGUCGCCUACGCCCACAAGUCCGACGCCUUCGUCCGGAUCAACGUCGGCCUCGGUCUCUUCGUCGUGUCCCUCCUCGUCGUGCCCGUGAUGGACGUGGCGUAUAUUAAGGGGCAGACGGGGCUUUACGACGGGUUUUAUGUGACGGUGGGCGCGGUGGCGCUUUCGGGUUUGGCGGAUGCGUUGGUGCAGGGUGGGGUGGUUGGGGCGGCGGGGGAGCUGCCCGAGAGGUAUAUGCAGGCUGUUGUUGCUGGGACGGCUGCUUCAGGUGUCCUCGUCUCGUUUCUAAGGAUUUUUACCAAAGCUGUAUAUCCGCAAGAUGCCCAUGGCCUCAGACAGAGUGCAAAUCUCUAUUUUGCUGUCAGCAUUGCCAUCAUGGUUAUAUGCAUUGUUCUGUACAAUGUUGCUCAUAGACUGCCGGUUAUUAAGUACUACAAUGAUCUGAAGAUUCAGGCUGUAAAUGAGGAGAAAGAAGAGAAAGGUUCCCGAACUGGGGCACUGUGGAGAUCAACUCUGUUGGACAUCGUUGGUAGAGUCAAAUGGAUAGGAUCUGGGGUCCUCAUCAUCUAUGUUGUGACAUUGGCCAUAUUUCCUGGGUAUAUUACGGAAGAUGUCUAUUCCAAUAUUCUAAAGGACUGGUAUGCAGUUCUCCUCAUCACUGUUUACAAUGUGUUUGAUCUAGUUGGCAAGUCUCUAACUGCAGUCUAUGUACUUGAGAAUUCAAAGGUCGCGAUUGGUGCAUCGUUUGGUAGACUGCUGUUUUUGCCCCUCUUCUUUGGUUGCUUGCAUGGUCCUGAAUUCUUCCGAACAGAGAUUCCAGUGACAUUGCUGACUUGUCUUUUGGGACUUACAAAUGGGUAUUUGACGAGUGUGUUAUUUAUUAUGGCUCCCAAAACAGUACCACUUCAACACGCGGAGCCUGCGGGGAUUGUGAUUGUGUUGUUUUUGGUGGUUGGCUUGGCGAUUGGUUCAGUUGUUUCGUGGGUUUGGGUCAUAUGACCCCUAAUGGUACGAUUCCUCUCUAUGGAUAUCUGGGUUGUCCAUGGGUUCGCCUAUUCAUGUUUUCAAUCUGUAAUCUCCUUUGUAAAGCUUGUGUUAAUACUAGACAGUUUCCCCUUCUGCUUUUCAGGAUAAAGCAAUGGGUGGUAAAAAUUCAUCAUACUUUUCUAAAUCUAUAAAGUGACAUUAAAUUUGUGCA